AUGGGUCGCAAAGCUAAGUACUUCACAUUUGAAGAGAAAUCAGCAGCUGCACAGCAACACAAGACAUUGUAUGCUCGGUCAGAACGAGGUAAACUCGUUCGACAAGCUCAAAACGCUCGUGCCUAUGCCAAGCAUCAUGGUCGAUGUGGGCCUCGUAUCAGAUCUGGGGAUCUGCAUGCUCUUCAGGCGUCUUCCCUAAUCCAAUAUUCAACCCUCUCCCUUCCCGAUUCCUAUCUGUUUCACCAAUCUCUCACUGGAUCUGACUUGAUUGAUCAAUCCGAUCUCUUGCAGUGGAACAAAGCCCCUCCUUACGACCUUCCAGCUCCACCUGAUUCACCAGAGGAAGACCGUUUCACGCAAAACCUCUGCGACGUGACGCAUGGCCGGCACUUGCGCGCAGAAAGGGAAUCACAUGCUCGUCACGCAGCCAUAUAUAACAUGGGUGAAAUCGCUGAGCUUCUGAAAGAGAUCCGAGAAGCACAUCAGCGGUUACUUACAGGUUGGGAUGAGCUCAAUGCUCGUGUUAGCAGCUUGCAGGCAUGCACAAGACACAAGGUCAUGGCCGAAUGCUAUCGCCAAUGGGUAGCACGAAGGAUAUUGAAUUAUCAGAGGGAGGACAAUAUGCUAAUUACUGGGAAGAAUCCUUAUACGUAG